GACUCUGCACUACUAAUCCCAUGCGACAUUUGAAAAGCAUGCGCCGUUUAAAUACUGCGUUUCCUUUUCAAAACAUUUGUUUGUCUCAGCAGAUUGUCGGCUUUUUUCUGCUUUGGUGAUGAGGGUUUAAACGAAGCACGAGCAUCAUGGAUGAGGACAGUAAACCGUUACUAGGAUCAGUGCGAGCUGGGGAGUAUUACACCGAUUCGUUGGACCCCAAGCAAAGAAGGCCGUUUCAUGUGGAGCCCAGAAACAUAGUGGGAGAUGAUGUUCAGGAGCGGGUGUCCUCUGAAGCUGCGGCGCUGAGCAGCAGAGUUCAUUACUACGGCCGUCUGACAGCCUCUUCAGACCGACUGCUGGUACCUCCAGAUCAUGUGAUUCCUUCUCCUGAGGACAUCUAUAUCUACAGUCCACUGGGAACAGCGUUCAAAGUGCAGGGGGGCGACAGUACUGCCAAAAACCCCAGCAUUGUCACAAUCUUCGCCAUAUGGAACACUAUGAUGGGAACAUCUAUAUUAAGUAUGCCAUGGGGAAUAAAACAAGCUGGCUUCACUCUGGGCAUCAUCAUUAUUGUUCUUAUGGGCUUGCUGACGCUCUACUGCUGCUACAGAGUAUUAAAGUCCACAAAGUCCAUACCGUAUGUCGAUACCUCAGACUGGGAGUUUCCUGAUGUGUGUAAAUAUUACUUUGGGGGAUUCGGAAAAUGGUCGAGUCUUGUUUUCUCACUGGUGUCACUGAUUGGUGCGAUGGUGGUCUACUGGGUCCUCAUGUCCAACUUCCUGUUCAACACAGGAAAAUUCAUUUACAACUAUGUUCACAAUGUCAACACAUCAGACACUUUUGGCACAAAUGGAACCGAUAGAGUGAUCUGUCCAUAUCCAAAUUUGGAUCCAGACGGAGACAGCAGCACUCUCCAAUACUAUGUGAGCGAGAACAGCACAGGACAGGUGUUUGAUCUUUGGUGGAGUAAAACCAACACCAUCCCGUUUUACCUCAUUGUUCUGCUGCUGCCGCUGCUCAAUUUCCGCUCCGCGUCCUUCUUCGCCAGGUUCACCUUCCUCGGCACCUUGUCGGUGGUUUAUCUCAUCUUUUUGGUCACAUAUAAAGCCAUUCGACUGGGCUUUCACCUGGACUUCCACUGGUUUGAUUCAUCAACGUUUUUUGUUCCAGAGUUCAGAUCGCUGUUUCCUCAGCUGACUGGGGUUCUCACACUAGCAUUUUUCAUUCACAACUGCAUCAUCACGCUUAUGAAGAACAACAAACAUCAGGAAAACAAUGUGCGGGAUCUGUCGUUGGCGUACCUGCUGGUGGGGAUAACAUACCUCUAUGUGGGUGUGCUGAUCUUUGCUGCUUUCCCAUCACCACCGCUGUCUAAAGAGUGCAUUGAACCAAACUUUCUGGAUAACUUCCCCAGCAGCGAUGUGCUGGUGUUUGUAGCGAGGGCUUGUCUUCUGUUCCAGAUGACCACCGUGUAUCCUCUGCUGGGGUACCUGGUGCGCGUGCAGCUGAUGGGGCAGCUCUUUGGGGACCAUUAUCCCAGUUUCCUUCAUGUGUUUAUUCUGAACAUCCUUGUUGUGGGAGCUGGAGUCCUAAUGGCCAGGUUUUACCCCAACAUCGGCUCCAUCAUCAGGUAUUCGGGGGCCCUGUGUGGCUUGGCUCUGGUGUUUGUGCUUCCCUCUCUGAUCCACCUGACCUCACUGAACCGCAGAGGGGAGUUACGCUGGCCCUCCGCCGUCUUCCACGGCUUCCUCGUCCUCCUCGGCGUGGCCAAUCUGUUCGGCCAGUUCUUCAUGUAGCACGCUGUGCCUUAAAUGAGGCGCUCAUUGUCUGUGUUUACCUGAUGGAAGAGGAGCUCUGUGUGUUGGGAACAGUUCCUUGGGUGCUUCUCACAGGAUUGAAGUCAUGGUAUUAGAAGUACUAACCAACUAAUCAAGUACCUGUGAAUUUCAUUACAAGAAACUCGCUCAAAGGCACCGAAUGUCUUAGUUUUUACAUUUUAAAAGGGUUUAAUUAAAGCUAUGCAUUUAUCAUAUUGCUUUUAACAGCUCAGGAAAAGCUAUUUCUGCAGGGAUUCAAUCAUUCAGUUGUUUUUAAAUGUAUUUUAAUUUUCUUCAAUCGCUAAAAUCACCAUCUUAAAUCAAAAUUUGUGUCCUCGCUCUGAAUUUGGCACAUUUAGUUGAAUGCAGAGUGAAGAUACUCAUGUAGCAUGUAAUGAGCGGGGUACUAGAACUGUACUGAACGCCAGUGACUUCUGUGUAACAUCACUGCUAGAGUGUGCUUGUAAACCAUUCACAUUCAAAAUCAAGUUCUUGAAUUAGGACCUUGCUACAGAUGAAGUCAGUGUGCAACAUAAAUGCAACCCGAAGGUCUUCCAGACCCAGUCUUUACUCUGACAGUGUUGUGUAAAGGUAGUGAAAUGUAACCCGCUUACAGUAAUUAAUGGAUACAUAAAGGGAA